GUCUGAGCUGAUUUUCAUUAAUCCCGGUUCACACCGGAGCUCGUGGUCUUGUGUUCUUUUGCGUUUUUCGGUGUACGUUCACAUGAUGUUUAUCGGUCAGACCCUUAUCGGUGUGCGCGCGCGCCCUACUUCAGUGUCGAGGCGCGCUGUAAACUAAACGUUAGAUGGUCAAAGUGAUUACAGUGAAUUUAGUUUGUGGGACACAGAAGAAAAAGUGGAAAAAGCUGAAGGCAUGGUGAACAGCCAGGCGGUGGGCGGAGCCGGUUGUGCGUCGCGUGCGUGUGCGGGCUGCGGAGGCCGAAUCUCCGACCGUUUCCUGCUCUUCUCCAUGGAGCGCUACUGGCACACACGCUGCCUGAAGUGCUCAUGCUGCCAAGCUCAGCUGGGAGACAUCGGCACCACCUGCUACAGCAAAGGAGGAAUGAUCCUGUGCAGGAGCGACUACAUCAGGUUGUUUGGGCACACAGGUGCAUGCAGUGCCUGCGGCCAGUCGAUUCCUCCCAGCGAGAUGGUGAUGAGGGCACAGGGUAACGUCUACCACCUCAAGUGUUUCUCCUGUGCGACGUGCAGAAACCGCCUGGUCCCCGGCGACCGGUUCCACUACGUCAACGGCACCAUCUUCUGCGAGCACGAUCGACCCAAUGCCACGCUGCUCAGUGCGCAUCUGCAGGGCAAUCCCGUGCUGCCUGACCAAAAAGUUUGCUGAGAGCCCGUGAUCAUCGUCCUCACUUCAUCCCCACCUUCCUGCUGUGUCUCCUGAAUCUCUGGCCUCGUGAAAUUCUCCAGCUCUCCAAUGCAUGCACUUCUACACCCGCAUCCCGAAAGCUCAAUAGCACUUCCGUACUUCACUCCACGGCCCCUCCGGAGAAACUCCACCUUCCUUCCUUUUCUUUCUGAAUGGAGCUGCAGGAUUUCUCGCUGCACGAGACGCUCCUCAGGCCGGGGUUUUAUCUCUAAUGGACUCUACAGGAUUUCGUGUAGACUAUGAACACUUUAAACACGGACCCUGAAGAUCCUGAAGUGUGGCUUUCUCAAACUCAAACUCUACUGAACUUCUUGUGAUCUUAUUUUUAUUUGGUUUGUUUUGCUAACCUGCAGAACCGCAGUAGGUGUGUCGGAUUUUUUUGGAAAGUGUAAAUACUCUUUUUAUAACAGUGUCACGUGUUACGGUUCACUCAUAUGGGCAAUAUGUGACACUUAUUCAAAACAAUAUACAAUAAAUGCUAUAAAAAAAUUAAAAAAAAGAAGAAAUUAAUAUGAAUUAUUUUUUUUACCCAGCACGGAUGAUGCUUAUUGUUUAUUGCUGUUUGUUCAUGUAGUGAUUAGCUUCACUCCCGUUAGUGCAAAACGCAUUACCCAAAGGAGGGAGUAAGCUCGGAACAUUACAGAAGCAAUUAAUUGUAA